UUCGAAACAUGUGCUGACGUGCACGGUUCUGAACCUCGUCCAGUUGUUCAUCUUUACAAUGGAAUGGAAGUUGUCUGCGAUACUAAAACCGACGGUGGCGGCUGGCUCGUGAUUCAGAGACGGGCUUCGGCGGCCGUGGACUUUUUCCGUGGCUGGGAGGAUUAUAAAAAUGGAUUUGGCGACCUUGAAGGCAACUUCUGGUUUGGCUUAGAAAAGGUUCACCAGCUGACAAAUCAGGGGCAAUACGAACUGAGGGUCGAUUUCGAAUAUGAGGGAACUAACUACUACGCCACCUACAGCAGCUUUUCGCUGGAUGGAGAACCGGACAACUACAAGAUUCGGAUGUCCGGAUUUUCAGGGAAUUUUGGGGCCAUGAUAGAUUAUCACAAUGGUCAGCCGUUCACAACCAAGGACCGUGACAACGAUGGAAGGAGUGGUGAAAACUGCGCCGAUGAUCGCCACGGAGCUUGGUGGUACUAUAGCUGCUCUAGCGUGAACCUCAACGGGGAGUGGGCCAGCACAAGGUACGCGAAGGGCUUGUACUGGGUUGAUGUUACGGGAUUUGGCGACUCUGUCUCCUUCAGCGAAAUGAAAAUCCGUGAACGUGCCGGGAAGUGACAGCCUCAUGACACGGAAGACUCUGUCGGUUGAUUAUGUGUUCACGUGUUUGUUUUGUCUGUCUGUCUGUGUGUUUGUUGUUGUUGUUGUUGUUGUUUGAGGGAGGGAGACUCACACUUUGAGAACAACGCCGAGAUCUAGUGGCUUGUUCUCUUUUGUCUGUCUAUGUUUUAAAAGAAUAUAUUUUAGCUCAUUUAUUAAUUCACAUUUACCCACGAAACUUUGCAUGGCAUUUCUGUAGGUCAGUGACCAACCAAUU